GGCAGGGAAGGAAAACGUAAUGUUAGGUUGGCACCGCAGGCUUGCGAACCGUAGGGAACCCACUUUGCAAAAGUCAAGCUCCGAAUAACCGAACCAAAUCGCUGAAAAGAAAUACAACACUGAACGGCCCACCGAACUGAACCUCCUCUCCAAUCUUUCUCUAACUCUUCCCCUCCCCAAAAAAAAAAAAAAAAAAAAAAAAAAUAUGGCGAUUUCGACGCUCCAAAAACUCACCUCCCAAAUCCACCGUCUCCCAUCUCUCUCCUCCCAAAUCCUCACCCGAUCCUCCGCCACCUUAACUUCCUCCCCCUCCUCUUCCAAAAAAGUUGCUGAUCGGCUCGUCAAGCUCUUCGCCAUCGACCCUGAAGGCCAGAAGCGUGAGGUUGUCGGCCUAGCUGGCCAGACCUUACUUCGUGCCUUGACUAACAGCGGCCUGAUCGACCCCGACUCUCACCGCCUCGAGGAGAUCGACGCUUGCUCCGCCGAAUGCGAGGUCAACAUUGCACAGGAGUGGCUCGAGAAGCUUCCGCCACGUACCUAUGAUGAGGAGUAUGUGUUGGUGAGGAAUUCGAGGGGUCGCAUCUUGAACAAGCAUUCCAGGCUUGGAUGUCAGGUCGUGCUUACGCCUCAUCUCCAAGGUAUGGUCGUCGCCGUCCCCAAGGCUAAGCCGUGGGAUAUUCCAUAAAUAUUUGUAGGGGAAAAAGAGAUGAAUGUGGGAACAUUUAGUGCAUUUCUGUUGUUUUCCUGGAAGUAAUAAUAAUUUUGUUACUUUGAAUGAAACGAAUUUUAUUUAUGAUUUUUAUGCAUUGCUGCACCAUGUGAUUUGGGUGCUUGGAAUUUAAA